ACAAAAAUAUUGGCCUUAAAAAGGUGAUGGAAGCAUAAAUUACUGAAAAUGAAGUCCAUAGUGGCUUAUGUGCGGAAUUUACUGGGUUGGUGUGAAGAAGAUUCAGCAAUCCGAAUAAAUUUUAAACGGGACAGAGCCGACGAUGAACUUUCGUCGGACGAUGAUACACCAGCGAUUAAGAGGCUCAAGCAGUUGAAAAGAACAAGUUUUCCUGAUAUGACCACAAAUGACUUGUGGGGCAAGGAGGAGAGGCAAAGCAAAGUCCGAUAUGUGCCAAUUCAGGUCGAAGCAGGCCACCCCAGUACCUCCACUCCAAAUGAGCCUGGGAAAUUCAGUAGUAGGUUGCGGACAGUGCCCGUCCAACUAGUGGAGGUGUCGGAGAAUGGUCGGUUGACACCUGCCAGAAAGCCGAGGAUGCACACUCCAGUGCGGCCAGUUGUUCAUGCUGUGAUUGAUGAUGAUGAUGAACCUGAGGUCACACUGGUAGAAAAUAGACCAUCAAAUACAAAGAAACCCACAAAAGUGUACAUAAAUCUGGACGAUGAAGAAAAUGACGAGGGACAAGAUGAAGAUGAUGUUAUAUUCGUUAAGAAAGUCUCGUCUCCCCCCGUUAAACCUUACAAGUUCUUCAUGUCAAAGAAUAGUCAUGAUCUAACGGAUUCUAAAGAUGACGAAAUACAGUAUUACAGACUGAGUCGAAAAUCAAAUGACAGAUACUCUCCUAAAACAUAUAGCAAAUUCAAGGCGCCUCCAGGAAUAACAAAAACGUAUAAAAAGGCACCUACACCCAUUCCACGAUGGAUGCAACCGCAGAAAUCAUCAAAUCUUUCCAAUGUUCGGAAUAGGUACUUAAACCUUAAUGGAAAUGCUAGAUCAACGUUGUCAGAAGUAUUCAAUUUAGAUGAGAAAAGAAAUUACCAAGAACUGAUUAGAAGAGUAGCAUCAACAACAAGGCCUGUGUCGGUUAAUAAGCCUGUAGAAGUUAUCAAUUUAGCUGAUGAAGCUGCAUCAUUCCGUAUGACACAACGAUCACAAAAAAGUGCAUUAAAUGAACUCAAGCUUGUGGAAAAAGGCCUUGCUGCUGAACGGGAAAGUGAAGCUACAAGAGAGUAUGAUCCUAUUACUGUAGCAUCAAUUAAUUCUUCAGACUCCGAAGUGGAGAUUGUUCCUUCAGAAUCCUCAACUUCUUCAGUACGAAUUGAUCCAAUCAACUCUUUGAAAGACUCAUUUAAGGACAAAGCGGUGACUUCUGACAACUGGCUUUCGAAAUUGGAUUCGAAGUAUAAGCAAAAGAAGAAAGAGACACAGGAAAAGUUAGUGGAGGCGAGACGUGAAUCUGAUAUAAUUUCUAAAGUAAAUUAUGAACAAAAACUAGCACACUUAGAGCAUAAGCUAAAGUAUGAAUUGAGUAUACCUGAAAGCCUCAUAGAGGAGCCUCAACCUACAGUAGAGUUACCUAAACUAACUCCGGAGCAGGAAAAAUUAGUGAACAGAGCUGUAGGGCCUGGACCUCCAAACCAGCUAUUAGUAGAGAAAUUUAAUUUAAGAAUACACAGACGGGACCUACAAACCCUAGCUGGCCUUAACUGGCUGAAUGACGAAGUGAUAAACUUCUACAUGAACUUGCUGAUGCAGCGGAGUGAGGAGAGGCCAGAUUUACCCAAGGUGUAUGCCACUAAUACCUUCUUCUAUCCUAAGCUCAUGCAAAGCGGACAGGCGGGCCUGCGCCGCUGGACUAGAAAGGUGGACAUAUUCGCGCAUGACAUGAUAAUAGUGCCAGUGCAUCUUGGGGUCCACUGGUGCCUCAGUUUAGUGGACUUCCGCGAGCAGAAGAUCAACUACCUAGACAGCAUGGGCAGCCGCAACCAGCAGUGCUUGGACGCGCUGCUUCAGUACUUACGUGAUGAGCAUAAGGACAAAAAAGGACAGCCAUUUGAUGACAGCGGGUGGAGAACUGAAUGUCUUAAGGACAUCCCCCAGCAAAUGAACGGGAGCGACUGUGGUAUGUUCGCGUGCACUUUCGCGGAGUUCUCGGCUCGUAACGCGCCAUACACCUUCUCACAGACGCACAUGCCGUAUCUGCGCCGCAAAGCAGCACUCGAGAUAUUGCAGGGGAAAUUGAUGCUGUAAUGUGAUGACUGAUUUGUGAUUUGGAGGUGUUAGGAGUUCACUAAAGAUAAUGGUUUGGGUAUAUACACUAUUAGGGCUAUUUUCAUUUCGAAUUGAAUUUGAUGCCUCUUAACAAUGUGCAUUUCUAUAAUUAAAACAACCAACUUAUGUUCUAUGACAAAUGUACAAAAAUUCAAACAUUUUGUGAUUUUUUCAUACAAAACUGCACCUGCUGUUCGUUGAUUUGCAACGUGACGUGAAAUUUCAACUAAUGUAUCGAAAACUAAUAAUGUCACCAAAACAUACUUCUGAAAAA